UUAUGAGGAUAUGGUCAUGAUGUUUGGUUUUAAUGCGAUCAUGAAAUUGUUUGGUGGACAUGUUUGUUUGGGUCCUGGGAGGCUUACCGCGCGUGUUACUGUACCACCUCUUCGACGAACUUUUUCAAUCUUCUUGACGAGUAUCAACUUCUUUGUUGGUCGACCUGUCAUGUUUCAGACGCACGAUAUAAAGCCUAGAUGUGGUCAAAGCAUUGCAUUGGAGUUCGGGUUACUUUUAAAUUAAACCAGCAUGUUGUGGUUAUAGCAAUCAAUUACACUUGAGGAUA